GCGCACUUGGGUCGCUUCAACUCACAUUGAUCUCCGCACGGUCUGCGUGCGACGCACGUUGCCAUACAGUGCAGCAGUCACGACUACGGUCAUGGCCACAUCGCCGUUAGAGUCGCGCAGGCAGCUGUAGCGGUUCGUGUGGGGGAUCGCACUCCGCCUCGUUCGGAGAGACAUCCGAUCAUGUCAAGAUCGCAUCUCGCUUGACCCGCUCUUCCGCAGCUUCAGUUGCGAUCCUGGUCCCCUGCUCAGCGGUCUCAUGUCUUUAUUCCGCACACUAUGCACGCCCUGACAAUCUUGCUCCCAUUCCUGCUGUGCUAUGCUCAUGUUGUAGCAUCAUCUGUGGCUGCCGAGCCGACGGGGAUCUCGUUCGUCCCUGAGGAAGCGUACACCCUCGCGCGCACCUUCGACCUCGACUCUCCGCAGAGCUUGUUCGACGUCUCUUCGCUCCGGAAUGAGCCAGACACACCGACGUUCUCAUUGAAGACUCGGCCGAUGAUGGUGUACCGGCCGCGCUCGCCAGAGGCACUGCAGCGCGCCCGGGUGCGCACGCUGCGCGGGGAGCCGAGCGAGGCGGUCGAGUGGGAGGAGGUGCAGGUGAUGGGGCCGUAUAUCGAGGACAAGCAUACGCUCUCGCAGCUCGCCAGGAUGACAGGGAACGCGUAUGCGUUGCCGGGCCAGAAGAACUGGUAUGACAUCGAUGUCACUUGGAAUGCUAGCUUCCCGUUCGGCUGGGAAGACUCCGACGACGGGUUCCGCGGGCACGUCUUCCUCUCGCCGGGCAACGCGACGGUCGUGCUCUCGAUCAAGGGCACGACGCUCCCCUUCCAGGGCCCGACGUCUAAGAAGGACAAGUUCAACGAUAACCUGCUGUUCUCGUGCUGCUGUGCACGGGUGGACCUGUCGUGGACGUUCAGCCAGGUGUGCGGGUGCUAUGCGAAGAAAUGGCGCUGCGAUGAAGGAUGCUUGAAUAAGGCGCUGGUCGAGGAUAGUUUGUUCUAUAAUGUCGGCGUGAACCUCGUCAACGACCUCAUCGCGCUGUACCCGACCUCCACCAUCUGGCUCGUCGGGCACUCGCUCGGGGGGUCGCUCGCCUCCCUGCUCGGGGCGACCUUCGGGCUGCCCGUGGUCACCUUCGAGGCCCCAGGCGAGCGGCUCGCCGCGCACCGCCUCGCCCUCCCUCUCCCGCCGUCCGCGUCGGUCACGCACGUCUACCACAACGCCGACCCGAUCCCUCAGGGUACGUGCACCGGUCCGCUGUCGCUCUGCGCGCAGGGCGGGUACGCGCUCGAGACGGGGUGCCACCUUGGCAAGACGAUCGUGUUUGAUACGGUGGGCAAGCUAGGAUGGCGCGUGGACGUGUUGACGCAUAGGAUCAAGACGGUGAUCGUGGACAUGUUGGAGGCGGAUGUGGAGGAUGGCUGGGACUCUACCGAGGACGGCAUCCAGCUGGACGUGCCUAUAGCGAGGGAGGAGGUGGAUUGCAUGGACUGCUAUAAGUGGGAGUUUGGCAACUACGAGGACUCUCAGUGUGCAGCAUCGACCUUGUAAUCUAUCCAUUGUAUUUUAGACGGCAAAGUAUGUACCAUGUAUGUACCAACUCAUCCUGUCUUUGUACUUUCAACACGCGUUGUACACUACUAUAGCAUUUCAAUUUCCAUGCACGCGUACGACUGUGAUGCUCAAGCUUUAUGCAGCAUUC